UUGGCGGCAUGUAUGCGAGGUCCCGGCAGUGUGAUACUACGCGAUUAAGAGACACGCCUGCACCGCGAGACUCCUCUCCGAUAAACGCCGCGAACGCGAAAAACAGAGAUAAACGCAGAGGCGGAGGUAGUCGCUGUUCUCAGGUGUGCACGGCACAAGUAUGGACGAAUCAAGCGAGUGUUUCGAGAUAAGGAACGGCAGUAACAACGGUCGCAGGACACAUGUCAGCGCGUCGUCGACGAUGAUGAAAGUGGCGGAUAACCCAGCACCGGGUGUAUCAGAACAGGCCCGAGACGUACGGGCAGGCGGUGACUACAGAAGGAUCGAGUACAUCGAACUGGCGACGGGCAUUGCACGGGACAAUGACAGCAUCGUGUGGGACCCAAAGCCUUGCAGCUGCGUUGCCGACGGACCGAAGUGUCGCUCGUGCUUGGUAGCCGGGAAGAAUGCCGUAAAGGUGAAGAGGGAGUCGUGGUCAGUGGAGAAGACUGUGAUAUUCGGCAUAAUCCUCGGCGCUUUCUUCAUCUGGGCCGUCGUGUUCGGUAUCUGUUUCAACGUGUUCAAGCUCUAAAGGGCUGUGUCAUCGUUAGAACCUGUGUCACACCUUAGAUUUUAAGUUUGGAAGGCUACAUGUGCAAGCAGUUGAUAGUUAAAGCGAUAUCACAAUGGAACUCUGGCUGCCUGCCUCGCAUUAGUGAACGUUUGGAGAACAGCCGCAAAGCAAACUGCGCGAAGUGUCGCCGUUGACUGCGGGGAGUAAUUUAAUACCAAAUGUUGUUUUUAAGUUUCACUGCCGAAGUCAUGAGCACUGUGCUGUGCAGGGUAACCAAUGGAUAGGAUCACACAGGUUCUGCUCUCUUUGUUGAGUCCCUGCAUUAUUUUGUGUUCAUGUACCGACGACUGCAAAACGUUUUGAAACAUCAGGAUUGCAAAAAGGUUAACCUUUGUGACACUUUCACUGUGCAGCAUGGAAGUAGUACGUUGCAAUGUGGUAUCAGCACAGAGGAUGUACACAUUUCAACUUUUAGUUCUUGGGUCGAUCCAUCUACUGCGAGGAAUUGAUGUAUUUUAGUGGGUCUAGUGGUUCUAAACACUUUAUUGUAGUUGAGGGAAAACAUGGCGAAGGCAGGAGAUGGAAAUACAAGACGAUGAGCAAAGCGAGAACAAGGUGCAAGCAGGAGCAGAAAGCGAAGGUGUGUUGGCAGCGAGGGUGUGCUAAACACCUUCGCUCGUUGCCGCACCCACCCGCCUUACGCCCUCUCCCCUUUAAAAGAACCCCAACUAUAUAUACUGUGGCGAGGAAAGCAUAUGUUGCCUUGAAGAAAACAAGUCCACUUGUCUAAAUGUCGGUUCCUCCUUUCACGUUGUUCUCGUAUUGCUCAUUUUAUUGCAGUUGGAUGUACAAUAUGGUCCACUGUUAACGGGAACGCGUAGCUAACAUGCUGCCAUCGAUUAUCACUUUGAUACGCCACGCAAGAGCACGGAAUAAUUUUUCGUGUAUAAAAUGCACAUUUAAGAUAUUAUAUGUAUUACUUCUUUUUCGUUAAGUGCUGUCUUUAACAGUGGACUGUAGUGCACAUUUCGGGACUCCUGUAUGGAGUCUGUAUCUGGCAGCUUUUGCAACAGAACUGCCAUUCGACUGUGAAAUUGCAAAAACUUUUUUUUUGCCUUUCUGAAUGUCUCAGAAAUAUCAUAUUUAGUCGGUUGCAUACACUGCAUUUUUUAGCGUAAUAUCAGGACGAUAAUUCAAAGCACUGGCGCUAAUAUCUGUUGUCGGUGUGUUGGAACCACGGCUUGUAUAAUGUAAUAAUUUUUUUCACUCGAUUUUAUUCCGCUCUUAUUGUCCAGUGACUGUGACCGACCAACUCUGGUGGUAACAUAGAGCGCCGCUCAAAUCACUGACGAAGCGCGAAAAGUAAAAUAAUUGGAAUAAUAUUGGUACACUAUCCUAGCCCAAAAUGUGUUGGAACGCUUUUCCCUUGUGUAGUGCUUCUUGACAGAAAAAAAUGCAGUACUAGGGUUACCUUGACGUCCGCACAGAAAAGUACACACCUUCAGAAUGCAAUAACAAGGCCCAUGCAAUUUGGGUGAAUACUUCAUCACAAGAUAUCGCAACUGGUGCAAUUUACCAGUUCCGUCUCGGUUUUCCCUUACCGCGUAUACGUGCUGGCUAAAAUUGUCUAUUUUUCCACAAGCUUAGUUGAAGUUUUGUCCCAUUUUGCAUCCUUUUAUUUGCACUAUGUAACACGCUUGACUGCUCUGCUGUGGGAGACACUAAUUUUGGCUAUUUUCCAUUACCGUACUUUGUAUAGUGGAACCUGUGGCAAAGAACCAAGAGCACAUUGUGCGAUUUUUGUAAUCUGUGAUCGUUUGAGGUUGUGAUAUCUGCAAUGUAAAAAGACAUUAUUUUCAAAGUUUGAUCUAUUCGGUUAGAAAAUGGGAGGCCGUGAACACUUUUAAAUCACAGUCUUUAUCUUCAAGUAUGUGAGUUGGCCCCUAGCUAAAAGGAAGCUUCAGUUACCUAUAUUGUAUUGACGACGGAGCGCUGACUCAAUGUGCUUAUAGAAUCAUGACGACGACAAACGUGAAACUGGAUGGGAUGUUAUAAAUUUUUAAAAGUGAUAAUAAAUUUUAUCUGUUUCAUAAUAUAA